GUCAUUUACACUUGGCCCCAUCCCCAUUUCUUUGAUGCUACCUUUUUCUCCCUUUAUGGACCACACCUCCCUUCUCUCCAAUUCCAAUUUGUCCCUCUAGUUAUCCUCUCAACACUCUCAAGGCUCAGCCAAAGCUUUUGACAUAGACAAUCCAACAAUUUUUUCUGUUCCGCUAGCCACUAUUUUCACUCACAAAUACACAGAAAAAGAGGGUGAGGGGAAGGGAAGGGUGGUGUUUUUGAUGGGCAACAAUAGGUUUAGAUUAUCAGAUAUGAUGCCCAAUGCUUGGUUUUACAAGCUCAAAGACAUGGGCAAAACAAGGAACCACAACACCACCACUCAUUCCACAAAGAAAAAACAAGCUACAUCAGCAGCAGCAGCAGCUGUAGCUGAAUCUCAGCAACCACCGUCCAAGCCAAAACAUCCUCACUACAAUUCUUGUCCGAGAAAAUCAUACUACAACACCAGGGAGCUUAUCUCAAGUGACCAAAAAUUUCACACCUCCCCAAGAAACUCAAAAUCCACAGACACCCUUUUUCCUGACCCACCAAGAAGAUCAUCGAAACAAAGGGCUAGGAAAAGGACCAUCAAGUCCUCCUCUCCUAAGCUAGCCACCUCUUCUGUCUCUGCCGUUUGCAACUGCCGUGCUACCCUAUGGACUAAACCAAAUUCUCCUCCAGACUACUCAGCUUCUCUUUCUGAUAGUUCUCUUGAUCAGGAGACGGAUUUCUCUGACUCAUUUCCACCAGAAUUCAGGUCUGACUGUGUUCUUGCUACUGACUCAUUUGAUAAAAUGUUGUCUUGGUCAAGUUCUAAUUGUGACUGCAAACUAGAUUCUAAUAACUAUGAUGAUAUUGUUAUCAACAUGGAUGAGAAAUAUAUUGCUAGGAGAUCAGAUGAUGUGGACGUGUUUCACAAAAUAUCUGAUCUUGAUCUCCCUCCCAUCAUAACAAAGCCCCCUAAAUUUGAUGAUCAAGUGGAAGAUUUCAAGAAGAAAGACACCCUGGAACCAGUCAAGUAUAGAAGGAGUUCAGCUAAAUAUGAGGAAACAAACGCUAAUGCUUCUUUAUCUGUUAAGGUUGUCAAAGAAGGGAGCAUUACUGCAAUGAAAGAACAUAAGACUAAUACUACUGUCAGGAGAAAUUCUGUCACUUCACCAGGAGUUAGGCUAAGAGUCAAUUCUCCAAGAAUCUCAAAUAGGAAAAUCCAGGCAUACAAUAAUGGUCGAAAGAGUGUGUCAUCAACUACAAGUUCAUUGUCUCGGUCGCGAAGAAGCCUUUCGGAUAGCUUGGCAGUUGUGAAAUCUUCUUUUGAUCCUCAGAAAGAUUUCAGGGAAUCAAUGAUGGAGAUGAUAGUGGAGAACAAUAUCAAGGCAUCAAAGGACUUAGAAGACCUUCUUGCUUGUUAUCUUUCACUCAAUUCUGAUGAAUAUCAUGACCUUAUUAUUAAGGUGUUCAAGCAAAUCUGGUUUGAUCUCUCUGACAUCAAGUUGCAGUGAAAUCUUUCCAUUGUAUAUUAUUACCCCUUUUUUUCUUUUUUUUUUAAUUUCUCCGAAUAACCAUCUUGUUAUUAUGAUAUAAUUUCUUAUCAUGAGCUAGCAGUUCUUCAUAUUAGCAGAAAUAAGUUAAUUAGGUCCAAUUUAUAAAGAGCUGGUCUUCUGUAAUUUUUAAUAUACUUAUAUUAUAGUAAAUCUUGGAGAGAUUAUCAA